AUGGAUCCUUUAGAGGGCGAGAAGAUUGCUGGUGCUAAAUUCGGCGACAAGACCGUCGAUCUCGACAGACUGCGACUGCCGCAUACUCGUCGUCCCGACCUUCGUGGCCACGAGUCCGAGCAGACCGGUCAUGGCGGCCUGUUACGUACAGACAAGAGACCUGGAACUGGGGAGGGCGAAGCAUUUAAGGUGCAUCAGGGGGACCAACGCCCUUCACAAUCGGGAACAAGUCAAAACCACAUCACAGAUGAACAAGACACUGUUUUGGUCGAAGAGCACUCUGCAGACAAAUGA